CACAUUUUGUAUCAGUUCUUUAUUAACAUUAUUUUCCUAUAAGAUCGAAAUUAAUAUCAACCGUUGAUGCGUUAGAGAAGCAAUUGCACACGUACACGUCGCGUUCCACUUGACCAUCGAGUUCUAGGCAAAGUUUCAGUACCCCACUGUGUGAUUCAUAUAUAUACAAAACAAGUCGUCUUCCUUCUCAAGAUUUACUGAAUUGCCAGUGUUUGAUUGUUCUCCGAUCUCGGCGGUGUCCUCUUCUCCGGCGGAAAUUAUCUUCUAAAAACCUCCGUUAGUGAGUGACUGAGCUUACUACUCGUGGCAUCGAAUAUGCCGGUGGUUUCUCUGGCUAAGGUUGCUGUUUCUCCGGCUGCGGCAAGAGAUUUCACGGUUCGCGUUCCAUGCAUCUAUGGGAAACGACUCGCGUCAAAUCGUGUCUCAUUCGGAAAUUCGAGGCGCCCGAGUUGUGUAGGUCAUUGCGUGAGAAGCGAAUUGCAGAGUCCUCGUGUCCUUGGUUCCGCCGUCACAGAUUUACAGUUGGAUAACUCCGUGGAGAACGGUCACCUUCCAAAGGGAGAUUCAUGGGCUGUUCACAAAUUCGGAGGAACUUGUGUGGGAAACUCUGAGAGGAUAAAAGAUGUUGCCGAUGUUGUAGUCAAGGAUGAAUCUGAGAGGAAGUUGGUGGUUGUGUCAGCAAUGGCGAAGGUCACCGAUAUGAUGUAUGAUCUCAUCCACAGAGCACAGUCUCGUGAUGAUUCCUACCUCUCUGCUUUGGAUGCUGUUCUUGAAAAGCACCGAGCAACGGCUCUUGAGUUGCUUGACGGAGACGAGCUCGCGAGUUUCUUGGCUCGGUUGCAUGAUGAUAUAAACAACCUCAAAGCAAUGCUUCGUGCUAUUUACAUAGCUGGUCAUGCAACAGAAUCUUUCUCUGACUUUGUUGUGGGUCAUGGAGAGUUAUGGUCUGCUCAGAUGUUAGCUGCUGUUGUGAGAAAGAGUGGAUUGGACUGCACGUGGAUGGAUGCAAGGGAUGUGCUUGUUGUUAUUCCCACGAGCUCUAAUCAAGUCGAUCCUGACUUUGAGGAAUCAGAAAAGAGACUGGAGAAAUGGUUUUCUCUGAACUCGGCAAAGAUUAUUAUCGCCACUGGAUUCAUAGCCAGUACGCCGCAGAACAUUCCAACGACUCUCAAGAGGGAUGGGAGUGACUUCUCUGCAGCUAUAAUGGGUGCUCUCUUUAGAUCUCACCAACUCACAAUCUGGACAGAUGUUGAUGGUGUGUACAGUGCAGAUCCAAGAAAAGUUAGUGAAGCUGUUAUACUGAAGACUCUUUCUUAUCAAGAGGCCUGGGAAAUGUCUUACUUUGGGGCAAACGUUUUACAUCCUCGGACCAUCAUUCCAGUGAUGAAAUAUAACAUCCCAAUUGUAAUAAGGAAUAUUUUCAACCUCUCUGCCCCUGGAACAAUGAUCUGUCGGCAGAUUGAAGAUGAAGAUGGUUAUAAAUUAGACGCCCCUGUUAAAGGGUUUGCGACCAUUGACAAUUUGGCUCUUGUAAAUGUAGAAGGAACUGGAAUGGCUGGUGUUCCUGGCACUGCAAGUGCUAUUUUUUCUGCUGUCAAGGAAGUUGGAGCUAAUGUGAUUAUGAUCUCACAGGCUAGUAGCGAGCAUUCCGUGUGCUUUGCUGUACCUGAGAAGGAAGUGAAAGCUGUUUCUGAAGCUUUGAACUCACGAUUUCGUCAAGCUUUGACCGGUGGCCGCCUUUCCCAGAUUGAAAUCAUCCCUAAUUGUAGCAUAUUAGCAGCAGUUGGCCAGAAAAUGGCAAGCACUCCUGGCGUUUCUGCCACUUUUUUCAAUGCGUUGGCGAAGGCGGCAGUGCUUAAAGAAGAGUUUAAAAUUGACUUGCGUGUUAUAGGGAUCACUGGCUCAAGUAAAAUGUUGCUGAGUGAAUCGGGAAUCGACUUAUCAAGAUGGAGAGAACUUAUGAAAGAAGAGGGAGAGUCGGCUAACAUGGAGAAGUUCACCCAAUGUGUAAAGGGAAAUCAUUUCAUUCCAAACGCUGUUAUGGUUGAUUGUACGGCUGAUGCUGAUAUCGCUAGCUGUUACUACGACUGGUUGCUGCGAGGAAUUCACGUGGUCACCCCAAACAAAAAGGCUAACUCAGGACCACUUGAUCAGUAUCUAAAGAUUAGAGAUCUUCAAAGAAAAUCGUACACACAUUACUUCUAUGAAGCAACAGUUGGAGCUGGUCUUCCUAUUAUCAGCACAUUACGUGGUCUUCUUGAAACCGGGGAUAAAAUACUGAGGAUUGAGGGAAUUUUCAGUGGUACUCUAAGUUACCUUUUCAACAAUUUCGUCGGCACCAGAAGCUUCAGUGAAGUUGUAGCAGAAGCGAAGCAGGCAGGUUUCACAGAGCCAGAUCCACGAGAUGAUCUAUCUGGAACAGAUGUCGCCAGAAAAGUGACAAUUCUUGCCAGAGAAUCAGGACUAAAACUGGAUCUUGACGGCCUUCCAGUUCAAAAUCUUGUGCCAAAGCCUCUACAAGCUUGUGCAUCAGCAGAAGAGUUCAUGCAAAAGCUACCUCAGUUUGAUGAAGAAUUAUCCAAACAAAGACAAGAAGCUGAAGCAUCAGGGGAAGUCCUGAGAUACGUAGGUGUUGUAGACGCGGUGGAGAAAAAGGGAACCGUGGAGUUGAAACGGUACAAGAAAGAUCAUCCGUUUGCUCAGCUCUCAGGCGCUGAUAACAUCAUCGCCUUCACAACGACACGGUACAAAGAACAGCCUCUGAUUGUUCGUGGACCUGGCGCUGGUGCUCAAGUCACAGCCGGUGGAAUCUUCAGUGACAUUCUUCGCCUCGCAUUCUAUCUCGGCGCUCCUUCUUAAGAGCCGACACAACAAUCGUUUUCUUGUAGGAACAAAUCAAAAACCCUUUUUUCUUAUAAAGCUAGAAUCUGUAAUUUGGAUUUGGGGAGAUUUUUGAUUCUUAUAGAUGGAAAUCAAAGAUCACGGUAAUAAAACAAAAAUUUGCCUUUUUGGCUCUAAUCUCAUCUCCUUUGCGUGAUUCUGACCCAAACCAAAACGGAAACUUAGCUUCAGAAACAUUUCUCAAUCUACACUAUGGGCAAAAACUUGUUCUACAGCCUCAAGACUAUAAAACUUGGUUGAAUCACUGCGUUUAUGAAAAUACAGAACUAAUCUGAGGUCUCAUUUGUGGAGGAUCUAAUAAUACUCAUGAGGGUUUUCUUUACUUUGGAUGAGAGGGACACCGUCUUCUCUCCAUUGAAUCCGCUCUUCGCAAAUCGCAGCUACAACUUCGACAUAGAGUUUGUGUUCCUCAUGAAGCACCCUUUGAGCUAAUUCCUCUGGUGUAUCAUUAGCAAUCACUCGUACCGCGCUCUGAGCAAGUAUCCGCCCUGUGUCGUACUCCUCAUCGACAAAGUGAAUCGUCGGACCUGAAUACCUACCUCCUGAUGCAAGAACAGCUUUAUGAACUCUCAUACCAUAAAGCCCUUUGCCUCCAAAAGCCGGAAGAAGCGCAGGAUGGAUAUUCAGAAUCCGUUUAGGAAAUGCUUGGACUAGCUCGACCGGUAUAAGCUUCAAGUAUCCAGCUAGAAGAACAAAGUCUACAGAAUAUCUGUUAAGAACAUCAACGAGCUCUUUAGGAGAGAGUCCAUCAGAUGAUUCUCGUUGCUGUUUUGGGAAUACUAAAACAGGAAUUCCGUUACUUCUUGCAAACUCAGCACCUCCACAAUCUGGUUAGUGACCAGCAAAACAACAUCUCCUUUAACUAAACCACUACUACAUCCUUCAUGAAUCUUCUUGAAAUUCGAACCACCUCCCGACACAAACACGGCAAGCUUCUUCCUACUCCAUGGUUCGUCUCUUGAAGCAUCGACCUCCGCUGCCGUUGGAGCAAACGAAGCAGCUCUUACAAGCGGUCCGGUCCUCAUCGCAACAAAUCGGUCUACAGGACUUUGAAAGGAGAAGGAGAGAACAUCCCGGGAAGGCGAGAAGGGAGAAAUCGAGGUUUCCCGCGGCGGAUUCGCCGGGAAAAUGAAUUGGCUCGAGAACAAGACCCGUGAUGCCAUUUCGUAGAAACCAAAGUCCGACGGUGUAAUCGGCGGAGCGGGGAGUCGGAGGUUUUUGUCGGCACAAGUCUUAUUAGUGUUGAAAAGGGCAUUAUCAGAGAAC